GGGGCCUUUUGUAAAGUAAGUUAAAAAAAAGUGGCCUUCAUACACAUCCUUUCUUCCCUUUCUCUUUAUUGGGAGCGUGUUUUGUCUCCUCCCUGCCUCCUUCCCGUCUUCCUCCUCAACCCUUCUUCUACAAAUGCCACAGUAAUGUCUUGCUAGCUAUCACAAUAGACGGACGACCUGUUUUAUGGACAGUGUGUGUGUGUGUGUGAGUGUGUGUUUGGAGGGGCUUCAGGGAGAGAAAGAACGAACCUAUGCCUCGGAAAAAAAGACUGAGUGAUGAUGCUGAUGAUGUCUCAAUGAUGGAGGAAGGGGCCUAUUUUGACUGUACCUUUUCAGCGAGACAUCCAACUUGGCUCUUUUUAACAAAAUGUUCCUCUACCGCAUUUGAUGGACAUAUUGACGUAAUUAGAAUGAUUUUUUCGGACGGAUGCCCGGAAGCUGGAGGAUGAGAAGUUUUGAAAAAAGGACGGGCCAAGCGAAGAUGGUAGCGGCUUUUUCUCCGUCUCUGGUGUGGACGGACGGGCGGACGUAAGGACGGAGGGACGGACGGACGGAGGGACGGGGCCCUCGGCCAAAGGCUCUUGCCUUGGCGUGCUCAACCGUGCCAAGAUUGAGCUGAAUGAUAAUGAUUAUUAUUUGGGUAGGUAGCACCUGGACCCGAUGAGGGAAGUUGCCAUCACUAGUUUUUGUUUGAUCCAGGCGUAUUAUCAAGGUUUGAUAUUUUCUCCACGUACGCAAAUUGAAAUAGUGAGCAUCUGUUCUUGAUGACUUGAUUCUUUGGAUUGUCCUCAAUGUUUCAGUACCCUUGACAUCAAAAGGCCAGGAGAACAGAGGAAGAGGGGGAAUGGAAGGGUGAAGAGUGGGAGGCCUUUGUGUCUCCAGCCUGGAGAGCUCCUUCUCUAAUGAGGCCCGGCCACAAACGCAAGAAGACUGGGCGUGCGGGCGAGCGAGCGAGCAAGCUAUUUACUCACCAUUGUCCAACAUCCGUCCGCCCGUCCAUCCAUCCGUCCAUCCAUCCAUCCAUCCAUCCAUCCAUCCAUCCAUCCAUCCAUCCAUCCAUCCAUCCAUCCAUCCAUCCAUCCAUCCAUCCAUCCAUCCAUCCAUCGUCCGUCCGUCCGUCCGUCCAUCCAUCCAUCCAUCCAUCCGUUCGUCCAUCCAUACCUCCCUCCCUCCCAGCUGACUUCGGGCAGUGACUGUGGACGUUUUUGUCGUUUGACUCAAAAGCAAAUUGGUCGGUGAUGUGGUACGAAAGGCCGUCGCCUGUAAUUGUGUUUGUUUCCUACCACGUGCACCUACUACCUAGCUAGCUAGCGCAUCAACAGUUAGUUAAAUGUGCCACUUGGCUCUCUCUCACUUUCCAUUGUGCUUUUCCGCCUCAGGCACUUGAAAACAAGUUGCAUGGCUGUGUGCGGAGACGGUCGAUGUACAAGAGAAGGAAGGGCAACUGCCGGCCGGGAUGACUCCCAUUGUUUGACGUGUUCCGACUUGUAACUUGUAAAAGUGUUUCACGAGAGGAUGCUUUCAAUGCUCAAAGCGAUGUCUGGAUUUUGCUUUGGCGUAUGCCGCUUCCAUCCCCAGUUCGUCUGAAGCCCAACAACAAGCUUUUCAAAACUUUCAAUCUGAUACUGUGUAUGUUUCCACACGAAGCUGUUUAUUGAUAUCAGCGUCCCUCCCUCCCUUCCUUGCGGUGCCUUCGACUUAAAGCCUUAAUGACUGCGUGUCUUUGUUGUGCUUAGUGGCUGAGUCAGAGUGAGAUGAAAAACAAGUGUGAACUCCAGAGGCCAUCAGCUCCGCAACCCUGGACCAUUUGGUGCGCUGCCACAUUGGGAUUGGCCUUUUUGGGAAUGGUUGAGCCCAGCCCUCCAGCGCCAGCGCCAGCGCCGCACCUCCUCUCCGAUGUGGACGGCAGCAUGACAUGUGUCAAAGUGGAACAAGAGGAGAUUGCCAGGGAAAGCGGGCUUGCACACACUCAAGCUACUCUCAAGAUGUCUCCCUCUCGCGACUGGCCGGGGAAUCAGCCUCUGGUGGCCCGUCAGCUUACGCCGCCACUCUCCUGUUCGCCUUUGGAGGAUUCUCCGGGUAAGGAGUUGCCACGCCUCCAAAGCCCGGUGACAGUCAAGAUGCAGGAUCCGCCAAAAGGACAAUCCAAGGAAGCAGGAAACCCAGAGUCUCUGGCGGAGAAGGAACUUCAGUUGUUGAUGAUGAUCAACCAGCUGAGUGGACUGAGGGAACAACUCCUGGGGGCCCACUCUGAGCAGAGGAACAUGGCUGCCUUGCUUCUGGAAAAGCAGCAGCAGCAAAUGGAGCUGGCUCGGCAACAGCAAGAACAGAUUGCUAAACAACAACAGCAGCUGAUCCAGCAGCAGCACAAGAUCAACCUUCUUCAGCAGCAGAUUCAGCAGGUCAACAUGCCCUACGUGAUGAUCCCCGCUUUCCACCCCAACGCCCAGAACCUUUCCGUGCCCUCUGAGCCACAGAUGAGCUUGCCGCCGUUGCAGCCCAUCCCAUGCAAGCCAACUGUCGACUAUCCCAUGCAGUUGCUGUCCGCACCUGGCAAGAGGAGCGCCGGUUCCUUCCGACAGGAAGCCGGUCAGCCCUUGAACCUGACGUCCAAAGCUGGAAAAGCCCCCAGUCCAAAAUGUAUGGAGAUGGCAUAUGCGGGGAUGCAGAGCACGUACAAACACAGGGAUCUGCCAAAGGACGCGUCAAGCAGCCCGCCACGCUCCACCCUCACUUUACUCCGAGACAGUGAUGUGGUCACCCAGGCCAUUCAUGAUGCCCAGCAGCUACUGAGGAGUCACAACGCUGGAGGGCACGAGCGAGAGAAAGAAACAGACGCCAGCAGAAAAGUGGAGUGCAAAUACCCUCCUUGCGGCGAGAGAAGCCUUCACUCCCAGCGAGGCGGCGAGCGCCACGCAUUGCUGGCCACUGACGAGCACCUCAGCAGCGACUCUGAGAGUGCCGUGCAGGUCCCAGGCAGCUACUCUGAAGCCCGCCCCCUUCCGUCCGCAGGCCACAUCAAGAGACCCAUGAAUGCCUUCAUGGUUUGGGCCAAGGAUGAGCGCAGGAGAAUCUUGCAGGCCUUUCCCGAUAUGCACAACUCCUCCAUUAGCAAGAUCCUGGGCUCCAGGUGGAAGUCCAUGUCCAACCAGGAGAAACAGCCCUACUAUGAAGAGCAGGCCAGACUGAGCAGGCAGCACCUGGAGCGCUACCCGGACUACAAGUACAAACCCCGGCCCAAGCGCACCUGUAUCGUGGAGGGGAGGAGGCUGCGGGUGGGUGAAUACAAAGCCAUGAUGAAGAGCCGGCGACAGGAACAGAGAACCACCUACGCCAGGAGUCCAACAGAACCACAGAGCAUCCACUACUCUCACAACGAUGCCUUGUACCCGGGCGGCGGUGGCGGCGGCGGCGGAGGCGGCGGCAGCUCUGUCUCCGUGUCGUCCAUGUCCUUUCACUCCUCCCUCCUGGAUCAUUACCUGCCGCAACCUCCGGCGGGAUCCCAUGGAGUGGAGGACCCGCCCACAGCCGCCCCUCUGAGACAGACGGACAGACAACGGCAGCAGGCACCAUACAGCCAAGGAGAGGAAAGUGACGGAGGGGAUCUGAGUGAGAGGGAACUUUUGCUCCUGACGGAUUGAAUUCCAAAGGAACCGGAAAUAAAACAAGUCACUGAAUUUUAGGAAGCCGCAUUAGCUGUAUUCCCCAGUGACACACAUCCAAUGGACAGAAAGGCAAGCUCUUAUCUCAUGGAUGGAUGGAUGGAUGGACGGCCGGCCGGCCGGCCGGUUCUGAAAUGCCAUUGGAAGUGUCGCUACGGUUGCACCUCAGUGCUCACUUUACAGAGAGACAUGAGAAAUGAUAGCGUUGACUUAUGCUGUGGACUUUUUAUCGGUAUUCAUCCCAUUUGUCUGUAUUCUGUCUUUGCUGUAACCGAUAAAUAGUUGGUGUGAAUGUGAUGGAAAACAAACACAGCUGCUCCAUUUCCAAACCACGUUGCUGGACACAUGCAUUCUUUUGCAUCUUCUAAUUGCCCAACAUGGGAAUUAGCCCUGGAUGGAAUUUCCCUUUGGCCAAAUUCCACCUUGACUGUGUUGAGGAUGCUGCACUGAGAAGAGAUCUUAUUUAUGUACCUUGAGACAUAUUGAUCUUUACCCCUGCUGAUGUAAAUACAGAAAGAUACUUUUAUUAUAAUAAUUUUCUUUUAUAAAAGGUUGCGUAAUUUAAAAGUGUACAUUUCGGUUUUGUCAGAAAUAAAAAAAUGCAUUUUG